GGCGCGUCGGGACGCCAUUAGCAUAAUAAUGCUACUUUGGAUAGCCCGAGGAAGGAUCCUCCUCCUCCUCCUCCUCAUCUUCAUCAUGUUGUUAUUAUUGCGUGACUGCUUUCCUGGCGGAGACGUCUUGCAGGUUCUGUCGGAUUCUGUGCCAGAAGGAAACGAGGGACUGGAAGAAGAAGAAGAAGAAGGAGUGCUGGCGGCCGCGCGACUCCUUCCUCCAUUUGGCCUCCGGACCCAACCCGGUGGAACCUGUUCCCACUUUGCCGCCCGCUUCAUUCAUUUGAGCGUCAAGUGCGAUCCACCUGCUUUUCUUUCACCACCGCCGCCGCUUCGGGGUUGUCCGACCCCGAGGGAUUUGAACCCGGUUCCUUCGCUUUCCAGAGGGCGGCAUUUUGGGUCAAAAUGAUGCAAGAGGUGUCUGUAACGUUGUCCUGCGACGCUCAGCUGGUGGAGCAAAUGACCGAGGAGGAGAUCCUGGCUUGCUUGGUGGCCGAAACGGGACCCCACUUUGCGGCGGUCCCGACAAAGAAAGCCAAACUGAGAGAAAGUCGCCUUCAACUGAUGGACGAGGAAGACCCCCUCAACAAAUGCCAGAUGGAGAACCGCCGUCUUCAGCAGACCAGCCUCCGUCUGGAACAGGAGAACGACAACCUGGCCCACAGGCUCAUCACUAGCAAAGUAGCCCUCAGGAGCGCCCUGGACAAGGCGGAGGACAGCGUUGAGAAGCUCACCAGUGACCUUUUGCUGACCCGACGUCAACUGCAGGCCACUGAGGAGGAGAAGCAAGGGAAAGAUGAAGAGGCAUCCAUGUUAAAGGAAGUGUUGCGACGGGAGCUGGAGCGGGCCGAGCAAGAAGUGAAGCGGUCGUCAGGCAUCAUCGCGGACUACAAGCAGAUCUGCUCUCAGCUGACGAUUCGUCUGGAGAGGCAACAGGACGCGCACGCGCAAGAAUUGCGCUUGCUCAAGAGUGCAGUGAAGGCCUGUCCACGUUGUUCUCAUCACAUGGCGGAAUACCAAGAAGGCGAAGCGUCGGAUCUCCGGUCCGACGCGCCGACUUCGCCCCCGCAUGGCCGCGGUGCAGCGGUGGCGCCGGGAUGGGAACGGCAACACUCGGGUCCCACCGAGGCGGAAUUGAGGCGGGAGAACCAGGAGAGGGCCUCCCUCAAGGCUCAGAUCAGGCAGUUGGAGAAGGAGCUGGCUCAGACGAAAUUACAGGUGGUGGAGGCCAACUGCAAGAUCCAGGAGCUGGAGCACGAGAGGGGAAUCCUGGCCCACGACCUCCAGGAUGCCAAGAACAACUGGAUCAGCAAGGCCUUCACUUCGCUGCGCACGUCCACCGACGGAGGCCCGACUGGAUGGAAGCUGUCGUGGCCUCACAAAGACGGCCGAGAACAGACACUGACAGGUCAGUGGACAACGUCCAGCACAAGUGGUGUGACAAACUCUGAGUGGCGGAUCCCCAUGGUGAAAGACGGCGCCCUGCCAAGGUGCACCCUAGAACGCUCUGGGCGGUAGGCAGCCGGGCCGGGGGUGGCCGGGGAGUACGUGAGCCUUUUGGUCCGGCUCUGCAUGGAGAAGGAGGGCUGGCGUCUGAGGUAGACGUCCGGAUUGGUGGUGUUGUACCUGCCAGGCCCGGGGCUCUGGGACAGGUCCACUGAGGGGCCGCCCACCUUCCGGCGGGCCGACAUGCUGUAGCUGACGCCGGAUGGCUUGUUGGGAACCUGAUUGCCCAACAGCUUGGGGAGCGUGUAACUGUUCAACAACAACAAUGUAUCCAAUCAGAAAUGAAGUCAGAAAUACACAAAAAAUAAUAAAUAUUAUUCAUUUUUUUAUGUUUUAUUUUUUUAAUAUACUAUUUGUAGAGCAAGUGACAAUAUUUGGAAAAACAUACUUUUUUUUUCAUGACAACAAACCCAAUUUCACUGCUGUCCAACCUGAUGCAAUGACAAAAGUAAAAAUACUUCACAAUUUAGCAUUUUCCACGUCUUGUAUAUUUUCUUCACAUUUGUUAAAGAAAUCUCUGGGACAUGUUCAUUGUAACUUCAUUCAUAUAUUGUAUAAGUCUGUUCUUAAUACCAAAAUGGCAGACUUCCCGUGAUUUUGAGGCUUCUUGAGACUUUUUCCCAUGAUUUUGAGGCUUGAGACUUUUUUUGUGGGUCUGUUCAUAACAGGCACAUAGACCACAUUUCAUGUUGUUAACUGAAACUGGUUUUGUCGGCGGAUUUUUUUUUUAAUCUUGUUGCGUGCAACUGAAUCUAAAAUAGUCUCUUUAUAAACAAAAUGGUGGACUUCCUGUUUUGUUUCAGGUAUGACCUCUUGAGACUUUUUUGUGGGUCUGCUUCUGAUUCACCAAAUUUCAUGUUGUUAAGUAAAACUGGCUUCCGGUUCACUUUUUUUUUAAAGUGGUUGCAUGCAAUUUAGCAUAAAAUGGCCACUUCACAAACUAAAAUGGUGGAAUUCCUGUCUUUUCGGGUAUGGCUUUUCGAGACUUUUUUGUCGGUCUUCUAAUGUUAUCCAUGUUGACCAAAAAAAAAUGAAAAUCCUUUUUGAAAGUUGGCUGGCUCUGUUCAGAAAUGUGAUUUCGUUUUUCCCAAAUAAUAAAAUCAAGCACGAAAUUGCCCUGACCUGUUGGGUGCUGGUACGGGAUCCACAGAGCGAUAGCGUGUGCGGGCUCCGAUCGUAUAGGCUGGCGGUCGGCGCUCAGCGUUGAGAGGUGGAACCUUCUCUGGGCUGUAGGCUCCUGGUCCCGGAGUCUGGAAUUUGUUAUCUAUGACGAAAAAGAUGUUACUUAUUGAUGCACUAACUAUUGUCUGACAUUUUCGUAUGUUUACCUCGGUUCCCAAUGUGCUUUCCGCGGCCCAACAUGGAAUAAGAAGGUGUGUUCAUUCGGCCAAAGCGGGUCACGUUAGCACCGACAUGGUAUCUUGGUCCUGGGCUGGAGUCCACAGAGAUCACUAUAAAUUAAAAUUGGUAUCGGAAAUGUAUAUUUAAUGCAUAUUUGACAAUGAUGUAAAAUAAAACUUGAAAAAUAUCAUAAAAUGUUCAUAAAUUGA